AUGGCUUCCUUGUCUUUGGAGUCUGCAGAACAAUCUGAGAAUAGCACGGAGAAGUCUACCGAAGAGGCCGCUCCGGUAAAAGACGAGACGGAUCCAGAUGAAGUUUCGGAACAAUUGCUAAAAACUUUUCAGAACUCGGCGCUCAGCUUUUCGACCGAUCAAGUAGCAUGUCUGUGCGAAGCCCUUCUACAGGCAGGCAAUGUGGAUCGCCUGUGGAGAUUCCUGUCAACCAUCCCUCCUUCCGCGGAACUGCUACGUGGCAACGAGACGCUGCUCAAGGCCCAGGCACUGGUCGCUUUCCACCGGGAAGAAUUCAAGGAGCUGUACGCAAUAUUGGAAGGCCACGACUUCCACCCGAGCAACCAUGGGUUCCUGCAGGACCUCUACUUGCAGGCGCGCUACAAGGAGGCGGAGAGGUCUCGAGGUCGUAGUCUGGGCGCCGUGGACAAGUAUCGGCUUCGGAAGAAGUUUCCCCUGCCUAAAACAAUCUGGGAUGGAGAGGAAACUGUGUAUUGUUUCAAGGAGAAGUCUCGCAAUGCACUGAAAGAGUGUUACAAAAGCAACAGGUACCCCACUCCAGACGAGAAGAAAAACUUGGCCAAAAUGACUGGACUCUCCCUCACGCAAGUCAGCAAUUGGUUCAAGAACCGACGGCAGAGACACCGAACCCCGUCCGGUACCAACAGCAAAAGUGAGUCCGAUGGCAACCAUAGCACAGACGAUGAGGCUGACAUCUCAGACAAACCAGAGGACGUUGUGGGCUCCACAGCCUCCAUCAUCUCCCUCUCUGGCACCCCCUGCAGCACUGGAGGCCAGAUCUUCCUCAACGGGGCUGGUGGGUUCCUCACCGCCUCCCACCCCUUACUCCUCAACAGGGGAUCCCUGAUCUCCGGGGCAGGGGGUGGCGUCAUCAUCAACGGGCUGACCCUGAGCGAUGGUCACACGGUUACCCUCAGCCCCGUAUCGGCUAACUCACCUCUGCUCUUCAAUGGAGCGCAGGUCAUAUCCAAGAGCAGUGAGGUUGUGCAGGAUAUGGGUCUGGAGGGCCAGGGGGUUAUGGCCAUGGAGGCCCAGCCCAGCUCUGCCAUCUCCCUCCCCCUGACAGAGGACCUUAAGACGGACAAUGUUAGCCUGACAAACCCCUCGACUAUCCCCAUCCUGGACUUCAUUAAUGUCCCAGAGGGGAUGGUUCUCAAAGCAGAGGACAUCCAGACAGUCUCUCCUUCCCCCUCCUCUUCCUCCUUGUCUUCCCCCUCAACAUUCUCCCCCACCUCCCUCCCCUCCCUGGUUCUGACUCAAAAUGGCAACCUCUCUGACACCCUCCCGGUCUCUAUGUCCUCCCCGGGCGUGGUCAUCUCCAGCCCUGUAGUGGGCCUCCCCAACCAGCAGGGGGAGUAUGUGGUGUUUGCCACGGCUGGUUCUCAGCUCACCCCCUCCAGCUCCAUCUGCCAGGUGGUGUCCUCCUACAGCUACUCCAGCCCACAGGUCUUCUCCUUGCCCCAGGUGGUGCCCUCCAUCCAGGGUAUCCCUGUAUCCCAACUGGUCCAACAUACCCCUGGAGGCCAGGUGUCCCAGUGUCCCCAGUUAGUCCCUGUGUCCCCUCUCACCUCCUCUCUCCCCCAGCGCACCCUCUCCCAGUUCCAGGGCCACCAGAGUCUGAACAUCGCCCCCUGCCUCGCCCAACCCCUCCCCCAGCAUCAUACUGGUUCCUCUACAUUGGGAGCGGGAACCACCAUCCUCUCCCUGUCCCAGCUCACCAACGGACAGCUCCCCCAGGGACUCACACUCCAGUUGGGAGACCAGACCUCAGCUACCAUCCCCACUCUGACACAGAUCCAGUCCCCACUAGGCCAUCCCAAGAUAAUUUCCUCCCCUACCCAAGUGGUUCCCGUCUCCCAGUCCAAAGAGACAACCCCAGCCCAGUUGGUUCCCCUUUCCCUGCCCCAGCUGGUGCCUGUCUCCUCCACGGGACAACUCUCCUUCCCUCAGGUGGGCCCGGCCACCCCGUCUCUAUCUGGAGGGGCCUUCCAGAUCCUAACCUCGGCCCCUGGAGGUGGGAUGACUCAGGGGCCCUUCAGGAUAAACCAGCUGGGACCCCUCCAGACUGUAGGCCCCCCGACCAGCAUGGCUCCUGGUGUCCAGCUCCUCAACUCUGGGGUCAUUCAGCUCCCCUCCGCCUCGCCAGGAAAUCUCCUCUAUGGUGGAAGCCCCAUCCUGAGUUACCAGAAUGGCAAGCUGAUCCUAACUGUCCCAGCUGGCAUCCAGUUUGGCAGCCUGCCUAUGAAAUCCGUCCCUGAGGCUUCUACCUACCCCACCAACGGAGUAGGCCCCGGACUCACUCUCAACCCUGUCAUCCACACUACACCUACCCUCAUACCAGUCUCCACAUCCAUCUCAACCUCCAACACCCUCCAGACGUCCCCCCUCUGCUUCAUCAACUCCUCUCCGCUCUACUGCACUCCUGAGACGGGUGUCCCCACCAACCAGCCCCUCUCCACCACCUCCCCACAUACCCUGGACCUCUCUGCCACCCACACCCCUCCCAAUGCCCUCACCCUAGAGAGCAUGCUCUCCCUCAGCCCCAUGUGCAGUGUAGUGACCCCCACCACUCAGCUCUCCCAGACCACCUGGAGCCCCGUCCCCCUCUCCACCUCCGCCAGCCUGACUAUGUUUGACGUCCGUGGGAAGGGGGAUCUACCCGAGGACCCGGCUCUGCUGGGCCUACCUGGAGGCGAGGCCCUGCUACUGGGGAACCCCUCUCCGGAACAGGAUGUGGACAGGGUGUCGCCAUUGGGGGACCCAGAGGAGAUGGAUGGAGACCCCAAGAUCCUCACCCAGCUACAAUCAGUCCCUGUGGAUGACGAGUUGGGGCUGUAAUCCAGUCUCCCCCAGCCCACAUCGCCAUAAACUCAGUCAGCAAGACUAUAUGUCUAUAUGUUACGGAACAAUCUGGGAGGUUUUGUUUUCCAUCCUCAGUGCUCCCCUGGAUAGGUUUGCAUUGAGGAGUGGACUGGCUUUGACUCGUAUGAGAAAGGUGCUUUGACUCAAUAAAUCCUCUGCCGAUGAUCCUUUUGGAUAAACCAUCAUGGGAUAGGCUGAUUUUAUGCAACAUGGAAUGACCUGGAGGAUGGCCUAUUCCCUGAUUUCUGUAACACAACUGUCCACUGCUUGGUCUCCACAAUUUUAGCACUCCUUUACUGUCAUCAUCUGCCUCCCAUAAGCCUAGAGCCCUUCCUGUGUCACAAAAUCCAGUCAGAGCCAAAAUGGAGGAGCCCAUCUACUGAGUCAACUGUGGGAGUAAAAUUCCUAAAACUCUCCAUGCAAGGCGUGGUUCCUUUUUCUCUCUGCAUAACGUUUAUUUCUAAGGACAUUCUGCUGCUUUUAUGCACAGACGUCCCGUUUCAGCCAAGACUAUUUGUACUACAAGGGAAUGAAUGCCUUGGGUUUUAGUUGCCGUUGGUUGAGCAGUACUCCACGGCCAGGCUGUCUGUCUUUUUUAAGUCUCUAAACACAGCCAAAUGCAGACGCAGUCAAGCGUUCAGUCCUGUUGUUGGUCUGGGUGGUUCUGAAUGGUUCACUCUGGUGCUGGUGUAGUUUGAGUGCUGCUGAGUAUUGCACAGUUUAGCCUCUGUGAACGGAACAGAAAGUGGGCUGACAGUGACACCAGAGACCCCGGACCUCUAUCAUUGAGAUGGACUGUGUACUCCUCUCUCUCAAAACUAGUCAGCAGUGUCACAGCAUCAAGGGCGCAGGCUCAUCAUUUAACUACAGGUUGGCAUACAUGUUAAGCUCUGUCACAUCUGAGGUCUGUAGGAGGAAAUGGAUUCACCUGGGAUUUGUUAAAUCACUUUUUUACUCUAUGCAAUCGAUGUAUGUUCCUUUGUAAAUAUGACCAUGUGACACAGAUAUGACAUGUAUUACAUAUGUAAGCCAGUCUAAUUGGGAUAGACCAAGCUUUAGUAAAGACUGAGUUUUUAUACACUUUGAAGUCUAAUGCGCGUACACUACAAACUCUGCUUGAUCACAUUGAGUGCGCCACAAUUGUACACUACAAAUGGUAUAUUGUGUCUAUGAAUGAAGAUGUUUGUUAUUAUGUGUUUUUAUAUUACUUGUAUGGGUUUGAGUUGAACCUAGUAAGGGCUUUUAUUAUCCAGUUGCUGUUGUUUUCUUGCCUUUGUAUCUUCAAAGUGAAGAAUGUGUUCACCUCUUCACAAAGUUAAGCACCAUUGAAACAAGCAACUUCCCACAUUAACUUUGAAUAUGAGUUUUGUAAUAACCCUUAUCCCUCUUGAACUCUAGAGAAACGUAAUAUGAUACUCUUGGUUGCAGGCCGUUGCUCUUUUUGCAUCACUAACACCUACCAUGAUAUAAUCACCAUUGAGAACUCCCUCCUCGUUAUACGUUUUGCACAUUUCGUCCAUGUCAUGUUUACAUCUUUGGUGAUGGCCAGAUUCUAUUGUGAAAACCUGCUGCCUUGUCUCUGUUCUUGAUGAAUUGCACUCACUGAUCUGAAGGGACGGGAUAGGUCGAAUCAGCUGGUUAGGUUGAGUUUCAGACAGCCUCUGUCUGUCCUGAUAUCAGCAACAGUGAGUCAUGAAGCCCUGAGAGCAGGUGAUAUGUCUCCUAGAAUGGAAUGGUAUCCAGCGAGAUGUGGUGCAGUUCUCUCCAUAAACUUACAGUACUCACCAUCUCUCCAUAACCAAAGCACAGAUGGCAGUUAGUUCUCUGGCCAAUGUUAAAACAACGCUACACUUCAGUGUCACUCGCAGCUCUGUGUGUUUAUAUUUGUUUGUUUCUUUUCUAUGUGUAUUUAAAGCAUGUAUCAAUCAUUUUCUUGUAGUAACUUCUUGUAGUAAAAAACAAGCAGUCCAUGAGGAAAAUGGACAUAGGAAAAAGCAUCAAUGGACCUUCCCAGAGGAUGGCUGGUUGUACAGUCUCAGAAUAUGUGUAGAUAAUGAUAAUCACCACUUCUCAAAUGAUAUUAUACACUUUUACAAUCUGAAUAGGAUGUUAAUACCUGUACCAUUCACUUGCCAAAGGAAUGUUGCAAGUUGUUUUUGUGGGUGUUUGGACAUUUUUUGUUGGUUCUGAGUGUUUUUUCCCAUACAAUACUGUGCAUGAGUUGGAGGCUAAGGGAAAUUGUGUUUGUGUAUCCAUGAGCCCAACCAACCCUUGUCUACAUGUAGUGGUUUUACUCUUUCAGUGUGUGGUGCUCCAAAGGCUGUUACAGUGUCAGGUGCAGUAGUUUGUGCACAAUCUAACACACACGCAUGCACACACAAAGAAAGAUGUGCUGACACACAACCUCCAGCUGAGUUAUCCAAAGAUAUGUAUUUUUUAUGUACUUUUUAAUAGCGAGUAAAGGGAUUAUUUGAUGAUUUUUUUUUUUUUAACAUCUGUUUUGUCCUUUUGAGGGGUUGGUUUUGUACUUAAAGGUAUUUUAUUUUUUAUAUACAGUUUUACUGUGAUAUUCUAAUAAACUACAUUUUAGAAUA